AGGAGACGAGCUGCACUGAGCAGGACAGACAGCAGAUCCCAAAGUUUGGAGGCAGAUUGUCACCAGGAAUACUCCGACCUCCACCUCCUGAUCUGGUGCCUGAAGAAUUCAAGGGGAUAUUUCAAAAUGGGAACUGAAUAUUUUCACCAAACAAAUCCAAGGAAUAUUAUUUUUUACAGCAUCUGUGAUUAAACUGGUUUAAGACCAUUUAAUAUUCACUGACAUUCCUUUCAACUUUUUUUUUUAACUUUUUAUAAUUUGACAUUAUGGACCUCUCAGGCUCUUUGCCUCCACCUUCCCCAUACACCUUCCCUAUUAUUCCCAAUUUCUCCAUGCCCUCCUCCUCUCCCUCCAUCUCUCCAUCACCAAGCCUGGCGUCCACUGCACUCUUCUGCUCCCUUCUCUCCCUCCUCUCCUUGCUGGGAAUCACAGGAAACCUGUACACUCUGGGCCUCCUUCUGAGGCGUAGGAGAAGUAGGAGAAGAUGUGGAACAGGACCAACCUGCUGCCUAAUGAGAGUACCUGUACCAUCCUGCCUGGCCAACUCCUCCUCCCCUUCCUCCUCCCCCAUUUCUUCUUCCUCCUCCUCCUCCUCCUCUCUUCACCUCCAGGUGCUGAGUCUUGCUCUUGCUGAUCUGCUCUACCUUUUCACCGCUCCCUUCAUUGUGUACGACAGCCUGGCGUCUGGCUGGGCCUUCGGUGAGCUGGGCUGCCGUCUCCUCCUGAGCCUCGACCUCCUCACAAUGCACGCCUCCAUCUUCACUCUCACUGCCAUGAGCCUGGACCGCUACCGUGCUGUGGCCCAUCCCCUCCACAUCUCCUCCUCCAACUCCUCCGGCCUGCUGCGUGUAGGCCUGGCCUGGGGGCUGGCUGUGGCUCUUAGUCUGCCCAUGAUGAUCACCCUGCACCUGGAGGAUGGGGAGAACCAGGAGGGCCAGCUGUGUGUGCCGGCAUGGGACGAGCAGAGCUCCAAGGCCUAUCUGAGUGUGCUUUUCUGCACCAGCAUUCUUGGUCCUGGGCUGGCCAUUGGAGCGCUUUAUGCUACGCUAGGCCGGCUUUACUGGGUGUCUCAGACUAGGCCAGCCUGGGCCAGUGGGGGCAGCACUGCUUGUCCUCCCCGUGCCCCCAAACCCAAAGUCCUUCUCCUCAUCCUCGGUAUUGUGCUUGCUUUCUGGGCCUGCUUCCUCCCUUUCUGGAUCUGGCAGCUGCUGCCUCUCUAUCAGCCCGACAUGCUGCGGACAGUACCAGUAGGGACACAGGUGACAGUGAAUCGUAUCCUCACAGGGCUGACCUAUGGAAACUCCUGUGUAAAUCCGUUCUUCUACACACUAUUGACUGGAAAACAAAGACGCAACCGGCAGACGCUGACAUCAGCAAAUCAGCUCUGCCGUAAGAGCAGUCCACUGCAGUAGUGUGUGUGUCUCUCUAACAGUAGAGACAAUAAUGUGAGUGUGUACACAUGUGUGAAAAGGUACUGUAUAUGAAUCCUUGAGUUUCAUAAUAGACACCAAAGACCAUUGAUUUAUCCUUAGACUGCAAACUAAGGAAACAGAACAAUACUAAGCAAAUGAUAGCACUUUGUAUAGAUGCUUUGACAAUCAAAAAGACAAUUUCUUUAAGAUGUGUCACCUAAUUAAUGCUUUAUCUGCAAACCUUUUCCCAACUUUGGUCAUAUCAAAGAAUCUGCCUUUAAUUGAUGUAGUAACCACGUUUACAUAUUGAUAAUUUGGUUUUAAAUGUUUUAAUGAUUAUAUAUCUGUGGUAGAGAUAAUAUGGUAUUUCUAAUGCAAGUGGUUACUAUGGUAAUUAAUUGUGCAAAGUUAUUUACCCAAAUCAACAGACUUUUUAACAGAAAGGAAUGUUUUAUUUAGUCAACAUAUUUUUUGUCCUGUACUGUAUUAUUGUACAGUAACAUUAGGAAAGCAGAGUUAUGCUGUAUGUUCACACUUACAAGCAUUUCCAGUAAAACCCUAAUGCACUUCUGCUUGUUUUCAGAGAACUAUCAAAGAAAAUGUUUGUUUUUGAACAACUGGUCAGGACCUCGUUGGGACAUUUUUCUGAGACAUUGUUUGUUGACUCAAUGAAUUAUGUUUGACUGGGUCAACAGUCUUUUGUUUGCUUCCUCUGAACCCUGACAUAUCUAAAACAACUGACUUUUAUAAUCACAACCUGCAUGUUGGGUUUGAAAAUGUACUUUUUGAAUCAUGCAAUGCUUUGCAUGGCCUCAACUUGUGUUGAUUGUAGCUGAUGUUUAUAAUGAUGCAUAAUAUAUAGCCUUGAAUAAAGAAUAUGCUUUCUGUAAUCCACUGUGUGAUUGGAUCUUUAACUGGGGAAAAAGAUGAGAAAGUGACCUGUAUUGUCUUGCAAAAAUAACACAAGAUAACUAAAGAUCACACGUUAUGGUGUUCAUGACAAUACUAUGUGAAAAAGGAGAGAAAAUUUGAGAAACCACAAUGAAAUGAGACAGAAAGAGGCUGAAAACAGACAUAUAAGGUGUUGUAUGAAAAAAGAAAAAGUGCUCUGGAGAAAAAUCCUUGAAGUUACAUUCAUACUUUUAUUUGUGUGUCUGUGUCAGCAUGUCAGGGACUCUAGAAGGUCUUCCCCGUUCCUGUGUAUAUACUCGCUGGCUGGUGGCUGUGUCUCCCUGUAGCAACGGCCUGUCUCUGUCUGUCUGACUCAAAGGCUGCACUGUACUCUAUCGCAAACCCUGCUGCUCUUUGACGCAGAUGAGCAAAUAUUGUUGUUUGACAGAAAGGA